AUGCAGAAUACGUUGAAAUUUCGUUAUUCCGAAGAGAAUAUUUUGCAGAGCUUUUUACCGUUUUUGGACAGUCAUAACUAUUGCUAUUGCUCGUUUAUGUUUACCACAUUUCAGCAAAUUAUUAGACAAAAAUUAAUACCUUCCAGUGUGAUCAGAAUCAAAGAAUGGAUGCUGAUUAGUUUCAAAAAACUGAAAUUCACAAAAGAUAUAUCACAAUCUCUUUUUCACUUAUUUCAAACAAAUUAUAGAUGUUUCUCACUUCCAAACGAAAAUGCUGUAAAAUUGGAACCUUUUUUUAUAUAUGUCUAUCUUCAAAUGUAUACUUUUGAAAAAUUCAUGUCACCCAAGCAAUCACCCAAUUUGGAGCCAUCCUUUAAAGAACGAAAUUCUAAUGUGGAUAUUUAUGAAGUUUUUAAACAUUGUUUGGAAGAUUUACUGUGGCUUGUCUCUGACAACGAUGCUGGAAUGUUAACUGCCUCACAUAUCAAUCAUUUGGCAGUAUUUUUGUGUGAAGAAAAGAAUUUCAUGUCUUUUAAUAUUGCAAAAGCAUUUCCUUUCUGGUUUUCAUCAGAAUCGACACCUACUCACAAACAAUCAUCUCCUCAAUCAAAAAAGAGUUAUUCAAGCAGGAGUGCGUCACUAAAUACGAUAAGAGACGAGAGAAUGUUGGAUCCUGAGCUGAGUGUCAUGGUGAGAAAUGACGACCACUGUGAGGAUGAAUAUAUGAACGACAUAAGAAAUUCAAUCAUGGAUGACGAAGCAGAAUUCAUAACCAGACAAUCAGAAAAUGCUUCAAGAGACAAUUAUCACCAUGUUGAUCCCUCUCAACCUGUAGAGUUAAAUGCUAUUAAGAACUACAUUUUAGAAAAUUUAGAAAGAGGAAAACUUCCUUACCAUCUCUCGAUUCGUAAUAUUUAUUCAAAUUAUGUAUUCUACAAUCAAGAAUCUGCAACCACAGACACAUAUUUUGAAAUAUCUGACAUUUCAGAUCAAUCCUAUAUUUGUAUAUUACAACCUCAUAUUCAAACCAUUUGUGUGAAAAAUUGUAGAGAUUGCACACUGGUUUUUGGAAUUGUGAGAAAUAUUAUUCAUGUCACAAAUUGUCAUCAUGUCAACAUCAUCUGUAUCACUAAUGCCAUCAAAAUUUCAUACAGCUCGAAUUGCACCUUCAACCUGUGUUGUAACAAUAGACCCAUUCUAUUCACUUCUAAUUCGAACCUUAAAUUUGCUCCAUACAAUACAACCUUUGAAUCAGUGACCAAACAAUUACAACAUUCAGGAAUUGAUCCAACCAUUAACUACUUUUCUGAACCAUUUGUAGUCGAUUUAGAAUCUAUACAUCAAUUACAACAGCAAGGUCAUUCCAUGAACAGUUCAUCUAACAAUAGUUCCAUGAUUGUGGACACCUCAAAUUCUCCUCUUGUUUCAACGACGACCUCUCCCACGACAGUUCACAUGUCAUGCACCUCAUCACCUUCCUCCACGAUUGCAUGGUCCUCCACUUCUCCAUCAUCUUCCACUUUUUCAACAACGAGCUCUCCUCGAAGCCAUUCGAAUAAUUCCUCUCCUUUAAGCUUUUCUCCAAACUCCAACCAGCAUCAACAACAUCAGCAACACCAUUCAUCGAAUUCUAUCAUGACAUCACCACCACAACCACCACUACAUGUAUCUCUCAUACAAUCUUCACCUCCACCAUCACCCAAUCAUUAUCAAACAAAAUCCAAAACUCAACAACAGUUGUACUGUCCAUCGGUGUUCUCAAUUCUUGAUCCCUGUGAAUUUCAUUUACACUUCAUUCCAUUUGAGAAUUAUCAUAACAACAACAACAGUAAUAGUAGUAGUCCUCUAAAUAAUUCCAGCACUAAGAACACUGGUACGAAUAGUAGUAGUAGUGGAGUAUUAACUAUUUCUGAAAUUCUCAAAAGGAUUCCAAGUCCUCUUCCAAGAGAGUAUCAAUUUGAAAUUCAGAAUCGAACGAAGAGUAUUGCCAAUUUGUUUGAUCAUAUCAAGCAGGUGGCACAACGAGUCUCUCAACAAUAUUCUCGCUCACAGCCUUCCAUCACUCACCCUUCUCCAACCAUUUCAUCAGGGAUCAUUCAAAACAAAAUCAUGGACUUUAUGAAUCGAAAAUUUAGAGAGUGGUUGGCACAGAGUGGGUAUGACAAGGAAUAUAAAGUUUUCACGAAUGGACAAAAUGUUGUCAUUCAACAACAACGUAAUGCAGCUCGUAAGAGAAGCAGCAGUGGAUUUCAAAUGAAUGACACUUCCAAAUCACAAGAAUGA